AUGGCCUGCGGUCGAGUCAUGAGCCAGGGGCUCUGCCAUCUACCCCUGUUAAGAGCCAAAGCACUUUCAAAUCCAUCAGGAAACCAAUUUCUCAGGCCCCUCCCUUUGGCACAAAGACCAAUCUCAUGUCUAAACCCUCAGACGGAACUGAUAAAGUCUGAUAAGGCUGCUCUCCUCGAUCAUGACCAGUGCAAACAAGCAAGGCCCAAGACCAAAGAACUUUUGCAGGUAUGCACAAUGGAUCCUCAGCAGGAUGCCAUCGAUCACAUCCUUGAAGGGGUUGAAUCGAUUCAGAACCUAAAGAGGGAUACUGUGGAGGCGCUGCGGAACGCAAUUGUUGGAAGGAUAUUAAGGGAAUAUUUCAGACUGAAUACAACUCCUGAGGUUAAACCCGAGGAAUUUACAAUCUGGAGCAAUGAGAAUGACCUGGGCGGCAUUGAAUAUGAUGCCCACCUUGAAAGCAUCAUUAUUGAGGCGCGACAAGGCCCUGUGCAUGGAAAGACAGUUAAUGUCAUAAGUGACUGGUUUAAAGAGGUAGUGGGAAAGGUUCAAGAGGAAGAUAAUAUGAAUCUGUCAAUCUAUCAGGACAAAACCUUCUGUCUUACCAGCGGAAAAUACCGAGGCCGUUUUAAGGCGCCUGACAGUUCUAUCGUGGAGAAGGGGUCCUUUCGUCCUUUGAUAGCUCUUGAAGUUGCUUUCUCAUCGACCAGGAAAGAUUUGCUUGAAGAUGCAAAGGCCUGGUUGUAUGGAACCAACAACAUCACCGAGCUAGUGAUUGCAAUCGAUAUCAAGGAGCAAAGUGGUAAAAACGAUAGCAAAGAAGACUCGUAUUGGGGCUUAUCAGACGCAGAGAUUCUUCAACGUUUCAAGACUGACGAUGCCCUCACUGCCCAUAUCAUCAGGUGGGAUCAGGACCAUGGAAACUGUUCACUUGUGGGAACCUUUACUGCUGAGAUGUGGUUCUGUACGAGAGAAACAUGCCAUCCAGACUCAACACAACUCCCCCCUUCUUUAUGGACUUAUGAAUUCUCCCUCAACAAACCUCUUCCAGAGGGCAAGUUUAUCAAAACCUUCUAUGGUGCUGGGUCCCUUGGCAAAACUUUUCGUCAGAAAUUUUGUGAACUUGAAGACAAGCUGCCUCUAGAAGCACUGGAGCGUCAAUUGAGGGAUUCUCUUGAAUAUUAUCGAGAAGACAGAGCCUCAGUUCAGGCGUGGAACAAACGUAAGGCUCUAGAGGAGGCGGAGGAGAGAAAAAAGCAAAGAGAAGAUCGGAAGAGAAAACAACAGGACCAUCAAGAACUUCCUCAAACAGCGCGGGCUCAACAAGCGGGAAAACGGCAGAAGAGAUAUGAAGAAUGA